ACAAGAUAAAGCAGAGCGUUCAUUUGCAGUACUCUUCCCAAGCUUUCAAAGUGCAGUCGGUGAGUGACACAAAACCGGAGGGACUGUCUCUGACACACAGAUCAGAGAAGGGAGCUCGUGAGCAGGACCAGGAGUGAACCUCUGGAAUAAAUAGAUCGCCUGAAAACCCCGUCCAGCCGAACUGAUAUGGCAGCGUCAAAUAAUGUUUUGUUUGGCUGUGGUCUUCUCCAUCAAUAAUUCACACCGGGAUUUAUAGAUCAAGAAGGGUUUGUUUUUUUUGUGUGUGUGUGUGUCACACAUUCCGGGGAGAGAGGUUUGCAAGGGACGGGGGACUUUCAGGUGCAGUGCCAUGUUUCCUGGAGGGGGUUCUGCCGAUUCGUACUGGGAUAGCCAGGUGUAGAGCAGGUUAAGAGGAGCAGCUAUCGUCCGUCCAGCUGAAAUCUAGGAAGAGGGAAAGGAGGAAGACACGAGAGUGGAGAGGCUUGUUUCUGGUUGCUUGGUGUUGCCGCGAGGGUUGGUGGUGGCUGCAGUCGACAAUGGUGCUGUCCAUGGUGCUGACGGCGCUGGCUGGCCUGGCGCUGACCACGGUGCCGGUGCUGACACAGAAUGACACGGAGCCCAUCGUCCUGGAGGGGAAGUGCCUGGUGGUGUGCGACUCCAAUCCGACGGGAGACUCCAAGGGCUCAUCCUCCUCCUCCCCGCUUGGGAUCUCGGUCCGCGCCGCUAACUCCAAGGUGGCUUUCUCCACUGUGAGGAGCACCAACCAUGAGCCAUCGGAGAUGAGCAACAAAACUCGGAUCAUUUACUUUGAUCAGAUCUUAGUAAAUGUGGGCAAUUGCUUUACCCUGGAGUCGGUCUUUGUUGCCCCAAGAAAAGGCAUUUACAGUUUCAACUUUCAUGUUAUCAAAGUGUACCAGAGUCAAACUAUUCAGGUCAAUCUUAUGCUUAAUGGUAAACCAGUAAUUUCUGCUUUUGCUGGGGACAAGGAUGUGACUCGUGAAGCUGCCACUAAUGGAGUCCUGCUCUAUUUAGAUAAAGAAGACAAAGCAUACCUGAAACUGGAGAAAGGUAACCUGGUUGGCGGAUGGCAAUAUUCAACAUUUUCUGGUUUCUUGGUUUUCCCUCUGUAAAUCCCAACAAAAUAUCUUUGAAUCAACAUGCAUAAUUUUCUUGAUUAUAAACUGAUUGUCCUAUGUGUUGGUUUUGAAGAUCAUUUAAAAAGUGUGGAUCAUUUGUCCCAAAUAUUAAUCUGGACUAUACUUGGUCGUAUGAUACAAAUACUCUCAGUGGAUGUGAAUUGUCUGGUUUAUUUGAACCGCUUUAAAGACUUCUGGAGGGAAAGAAAAGUUUACAACAUCUUAGCUAAUCUGCACAAAUGAGAAAGGACAUAAAGUGGAAAAUCAUAAAUGAGAGGAAGACACCCUAACUGCAGUUGACGUUAAGAUGGAACAGUUUGCCUGCAAAAUUAGUGACAAAAUGUCUGGACUGGAUACAUCUGUGUACAUUCACAAAUAUGUUUUGCCUUUAAAAAGCCUGUCAAUGAGGUUAGAUGCAUUUAAUAAUGGCUUAAAUUAAAGUUGCAUUAUUAAUACACCAUUCAAAGGAGGAAAAAAAACCUGGUUUACCAUAGUAUAAUGGUGGAUUUGGGAUAUGUAUGUAAGUUCAUUACCAUGCUUCAUUUGCUUACAUUGCCUUAAAAUACAUAGACUUAUAUGUACAAUUCUGCUUUGUCAUUAUUUACCUUUAAUAUUUAAAACAAGGUGUUGCUUUAGGUUUGCAAUGCACUUUACCUGAACACACUUUUCAUUUUUAAUGGAAUAAUUUUUCAAUGAAAUGAGCUUUCAUGGGCUAAUGGUGAUGUUGUGCUGCCUUCAGGGUGCUGUAUAAUCAAAACUGAUUUCAUAACAAUUUAGUUGGAUGGCGACGUCAUUCUGAAAACUAGCCCCAGCUGCUGGCAUUGUUUCCGACACCUAACCCCAUUUGUGGAACAGCGAACCACCAAACUAACACUUGGGAAAGUGUUCACUCUGUCUCAAACCUGUAAUCAUUUCACCUUUGCUUCAGUUCAUAAUCCAUCUGCUAUUAAUAACUAGGCAAUUGACCAAAUUCUUAUCAAAGCUACAAGAAUGCUGUUAGAUUCCAUACAUAUUUUACUUGAAGUUUAUUUUAAUUUAAUGUUAUUAUCUCUGUCUCACUGAGCUGAAAUUUGUGGCAUGGGUUUGGAAUAUAGACAUUGACUAUCUUAAUAAUGGAGUACCAACAGUUUCAAAGCUGACUUAGCCGGAGAGUUGAAUUCAAAAAUUUUGUUGAAACAUCCACCUAACAUUACUUCCAAUCUGAUCUGUUUCCAGCCAAAUGAACAUCAAGCAAAAUAUUGUAACUGAGAUCAACAUGUCUUACACAGUUUGCACCUCUAAAUUUAACAGGAAUGAGUUAAUUGCUGUCUCACAUCAAGUAUAAGCCAUACUUUACAAUGUAACAUUCCUGAACAAUCAACCAAACUUUGAUAAGAAAACUGCAACAAUCAGUGUUGAAGUUCCGGGAUAUGAAUAUACUCAUUAAAGUCUGUGCUGAAAAUAUAUUAACUCAAAUAAUCUAUUAUUUAUAUUCUAAAAUUGUGGUUGGAGUUAAUACUUUCUUUUAUAGAAGACAUCCAGUUUGGGUGUAUUAUAGGAAAACCAUUAUGACAGCAGACCUAUUGAAAACUCAGUUUAUUAACCACUGGAAUUGCAAACUUGAAGCUGAGGGAAUAAAAUUUAAAAAACUCUUGCCACAUGCUGCUGGUUGAUAAGGCUCAUGAGAGAAUUAGUUUCAUUUUUGGAACUACUUUUGCCUUAUUGAAUAAUAAACAAAAUAACAUUGCUCAAGGUGACAUGUGUAAUGGUUGCAUCAUAAAGUGACCUAUGUGUCUAUGAAGUAGCUUUACUUAAAUAUGACAGCCCUGACAAUUUUCCACAGUUAAAGCAUCAUUUCCAUACAUUUGUGUAGAAUUCCACUCUAUUGUAGAAAAGAACUUAAAACAAAUAUUGUUUGGUGUGGUUAAAAAGUCAAGCCUUCCAAGUGUCCUCAUGAUUUAACAAAAUGUGUACAAGUGACAUUUUCUCAUGGGUAUUUAGUGUCUUACUUUGAUAAGCCUCACUGUAUUUGCAGGCAUAGUUUCUAUGAAUAAAGGCUUUUUGAUUCAAGUAUAUAUGACAAUGAACUAAAUUGAUUUUAUGGAGUACAAGUUCAUGUCAAUAGAAUUCCAAUGUUCAGGAAGCAAUCUUCCUGUGACUGAACAUUUUUGGUGGUAGUCUGGAAAGCAGUGAAAAUAAAAUAAUAUAAAAUGGUGUAUAUGAUUUCGGACAGCACUCUAAAUUAUACAUGUAUUCAACUCAUGAUUCAGUUUCACAAUCAACUUAAUGACAAAGGAUAUUGUGGUCAAGCCAUCCACUGAGAUGUUUUUGAUAGUUGCAUUCGUGAUUUAACAUUUCCACAAUUGGUCUUUGAGAGACCUGGCUCUCACAGAAAGUAAGAAUAGAAAUGGAAAGAUAGUGGAUUCUUUCGCUUUACUUUACCAAUUUUUCCUCAUGUCUUGACCAGAGUUGUUCAUGCCCCAUAGUUGUUGACUGACUUGUCAUAUAGUUAUCCAAUUCCUACUUUAAAUUUGCAAAUACAGCCCCUGUGACAGACUAUGAAACUCUAAAGGUCAGCAGUUUUUUCCUAACCACUAGAUGCUUGCGUGUCUGUUCAGGUCAAUUGAUAGUUCUGGAAAAUGCAUGGGGGCACCAUGGAUCUUUUGUUCUGGUCUCUAAUGAAGUGACUUAUCAAAGUGCCACCACUGUCACCCAAGUUGAGAUUGACUAAUUAUUUCCUGGUCUCCAUGGGCUAGGUCAAGAGAAAGAAUGAUUUCUCACUAUUUUAUUGUUUCCUCCUAAUUUCUGAUCCUGUUAUUUAUGGAAAUAAAUAGAUUUGGUGAGGGGUGGUGAGGUGAAGGUAAGUUCAAACUUCAAGUGAUAUCAUUCCCCAUUUUAAUAAGAAUUUUUAAAAAGCAUUACAAAAGAAGAGACAUUCAGCAUUUGUCUCACCUCUUUGCUGAGCUGUCUUUUAACUUAAAGCCUUGACAAUAUUAUUACAGUGCCACCACUGUUGUGAGAAAAUGCUACUUGUAUAUUCUGACAGUAAUAGUGGUCUUUUAAGAAAAUACAUUGCUGUUUAAAUUAGCCUGUGACUUUUCUGUAAAUCAAUAUAGUUUGCUGUCACAAAGCUUACGGAAAGAUUUGGAAUAGUAUAACAGCCAAACUCAGUGUGUGCCUGCGUGUGUAAUAUGCAGUACUGAAGAAAUAGAGUUGAUCAGAUUGAAUGGUAAAUAUUUUCAAGUUUGUAUCCAUUAUUAGCAGAUACACAUCAAUUAUUGCUCAAUUCAGGAUAAAGUUCAUUUAAUAAAGGCAAAUGAAAAGAUUUCUUCCAUGCUACUAUCAACCAGACAAACUUAUUCAAUUCCAUAACAUGGCUAAGAACUCUUAACCAAACCUCUGUCUAAUAUUACACAGUAAGUGGCCCUACUUUGAUUCUGAUAGGGAACAGGGUUUUCGUUAAAGAUUAUUUAAUAUUCGUAAUAUAACUCAAUCAAUUAUUCACUACACAAUCCUACCAAUUUGUCUAAAAUUGUAGGGGUUUUCUAUUUUUCUUCUCAAAUUCUGAGAAUCACACAAGACUGGAAAUUAUCAGAAGCCAAUUUAUUUCAAUUCUACUUGAUACAAGUCUGAGUUUAGAGACAUUUGUGAUGUUUGAAAUAAAUCUUCUUAAAAUUAAUCGUUACCACUAUAGAUCGAUGCGGAGGUACUUGUGUGACAGAAUAUCUUCUCAUGUUAGACCAACAAUGCAUUGAUUGACAUAUAUAUAUAUAUAUUUAAAAUAAUACAAAUAAAUAAUGGAUAAGCUGCAUCCAUGCAUAUUUCUUUUUUAACUAACACACAAAUUUCUAUACAGAGCUAUAGAGAUAUACAGGACGGAAACAGACCCUUAGGUCCAAAUGUGUGUCUGUAUAUAUGGUAUAUUGCUGUUCUUAUUCCCCAGUCUUUCUUCUAUAAUCCUUUUAUCAUCUCUUUCUAACUCCUCCUACCUGAGCUAUUUCCCUUUUGGCAUGUUUCUCUGUUUUGGUAUUGUCCCAUUCUUACCUAAAGUACAUGUAGGGAUAGUUGGCCUUAUAAAUCAACAUGAUAGGUAGGACCUGUAGAUGGUUUGCAACUGUGCAAUGUGUUCAAAGCACACAAAAAUUUAGAUGGAAAUACAAAUUCUCAAUGCUUUGUUUUAAAGAAACUACAUCAUCAAAUUCUCACAGUUGACUCACUUUGACUGCCAACUGAAUCACCAUUAUCCAGUAGCCCAGGAUGUCAGAUACAUUACUUAUGCUGUCCCCUUUUUAAACAACAAACAUGUUGUCAAUUUUUCCACUCUUCCUGAAUAUGCAGUCCCAUUACUGAGGGAGCAGGUAGAGAUCCAUGGGAGUUAAUUAACUUUCAGUACCGUAUUCAAUGAGUAAUUUAGCCGAUUGCUUUUUGGAAGACUAUUUGACCAUCAGAGGCCAAACCAUUCUUAUCCUUAGCCAACAUCAGCAUGUGUGAAGUUGCUGUAAAAUAAGAAUUUGCUAUGCUAACCUCGGAAGCAAUGAGGCCCUUUGGCACACAAUUUUGUCUUUCAAGCAUGCAAGUUAUAUAAAACAUCUUACCCCCAAUAAAAUUUUGAAUAGACCAACAUGUUUGUGGCUCAUGGUAUCUUUGUGGGAGAUGGCUCUGAUGAUGCCUGUCCUCCAGUUCCUUUGGAGCUGUGGUAUUCAUAUUGUGUAGCUCUCAGAGAUAUUCUUACAAAGGAUUCUAAUAAGUAAUAUGUCUGUGUGCGGGUCGUACUUGAAAACAGUACUGAAAUAUUCAUAGAAUAUGACAUUUGGAAUUUGAAAAAAACAAAUUAUCUCUGUUUCUUUUUGGAUCUAUAAAAAAUUCAAUUACGUUUUCAAUAAUGUGUCUAAAAAAGAUAGAUAACAUUUUCUGUCCAUAUCUGUUUAGGUGGAGAUAACUGUGGAACUGUUGAAACUUGUUAAAGGAUCCUUCUAAUGAACAGUCUCCUGAGAACAUUUUUAAUCCUUUUGGGCUGUCUUUCACUCCAAGCCAAGUGCAGAACUUAAUCAGAAUUGAGAAUACAGCUUGAUUUGUAUUCUUUACCACCAUUGUUGCCUUGUCCUUUUGUGUAAUCAUACCCUAUCUAAAGUAAAAAGAAUAUGGACUGAAUUUAGUGACUACAGUGGUGACCCUGAAACCCAGUAUGGCCAUCUCCAGAAGCUCUGACACGUUACUAGGCAGUUCAGGCUUCUGUUUCUCUAAGUGUACAAAUCCCACUUUUAAGAACGACUAGCAUUCAGAGAACUGGCACCUCUUACAGCUCCAGCAACUAAGACCAAUGGCCAUUAUUAACAUUGCAGCGAUCUGGAAACACCAACAAGAGAGCAGACCCUAGAAUGGAGAUAAGAGUAUUGCACUUGUUGGGGCCAGUCAGGCAGGUCAUGAUAGGAGGUGCAGUGUGGGUCUUUGUUGAAGGAAAAGGAGUUGUGCUGUCUGACAGGGUGGUUCCUUGCUGCUAGUGUCCAUGCAUGGACCCCAGCAUAUGUGAUCAGGACUGCCCACCCGCUGAUCCUACAGGGAUGCUGCCAGUCUUCCCAUGUGGCUUAACUCCCAUUCUCAACCAACCCCUUCCAAACAUUGACAGAGUAUAAGCAAUGAUGAGAUGAGGCCUUUAAGUGGGUUCAUUUUGCCACUUAAGCCCUCAGUUGGUCUCUGUGUGGAAAGAUCCUUUACAGCUUUUGGUAACCCUGAGUGCAUUGCAAGGUAUUAGGAAGGUGAUAGAUAUUCCGUUUCAUGCCUUCCCUUCUGCCCUGAGUCCCCGUUCCCAGUCUGCUGCAAGCAAGGAGAUGAAAUUCCUUCCAGCAUGUGGAAGCAGGGCCAUUGUUGUUAAAAAUGCCAGUAAAUGGCUUUUUUAAUCAACAAUCCCAUCUCCAUGUUGACUAGAGAUCCAUGGUUGAAAUCAUGACAAUCCUUGGAAAUCUCUGAAGUUGCAAAUCACAAAAGAAAGAGGCAUUGAGUGUUGGAACUUAAAGGUAUUCACACAUCAAGUUAUUUGAAUUCUAUUUCUGAAUGCCAUCAUUCAAUUUGAAUUUAGAAAUGCUGAGCAGAGACCUACUCAAAUGGUAGGAAAUUGCCCUUACAGUUUACGCCUUCAAAGCAAUAAAGGUUCAUUUUCAUAGCGGGAAGAGGCAUAGACCAUACUUCCUAAUCUGAUUCUUCAGCUUUGAAUGGAUAUAGUACUAGGACAGCCUUUAAAAUGGUGAAGAAAGCAAAUUAAUGCUGCCUUAAAAGAAAGAAGGGAAAAGGAAGUCAAAAUCAUUUGCCUUUGAAUAUGCAAAGAGAGAUAUGAAACCAGUAUUUGGUAAUUUGGAUGAUAUUUACAAAGUGUGAAAAGGUUCAUGUGAAUCCUAGACUUCAGCAUGAACCCAUUCCAUUGAGUAUUUAACUUCUGUGUUGUAUAAUUUACCUCCUACCAUAUUAUUAAGGUAUCUGUUUGGCUGCUUGCAGCUUGCUGAGAAAAGUUAGAGAACAGUUUAGACAUCUUGCCUAUAGCAUUGGACACACUCCAAGGACAGGCUGCCAAUAUCUUGACUAUCAAGUUCCCAGAAAAUCACUGCCCUCUUCUCCAACUCCGCUGAAGUUGGCUCAGAAUUCUUAGGUAUGACAAGAAAUUGUUGACAUGAAACGUGCUGUUGAAUGAAACUAUCUUCAAAAAAAAUGUUCUUUAGCAUCAUCCUUCCCCUUAAUGAGAAAUUGGAAUAAAAAAAGAAAAGUAAUUGCUUAUUUAUGGUUGAUGUAGAAAUAAAAGAUUGGACAGAAUGGGGGAGGUCCUCUGUGAUUACAUUUUGAUGCAUGAGGUUAAUGUAUGCUGCCUGCCUGCCCAUAUUUCUGAGUUAAACUGCGAAUCCAUUUCUUUUCAUUUUGCUUUACAUUACUUUUAUUAAAUAUGAAUAAAGAUUGGGCUCAUUUAAUAAGCAGGUAUUUUUCCUUAAAUGUCUUGACUUGUUUCUGCCUAAAGGCUUGACAAUGCCUAGCCAAACAGAUUGCUAAUUUUAAAAAUAUUUUCUUUGUUGUUUCAGACAGUUUGUUUUCAUAUUAUUGUAAUAAUUUACUAAAUGCUGAUGGCAACUUCACACUGUUUUGCCGUCCAAUUUGAAUAAGUUUUGGUCAAUAGAAAUACCUGCAAAGAAGUUAAAUAUCAAAUAUUAAGUGUACUAAAAGUGGUGCACAGAAGAACUGUUUGCAUAAAUAAAACUUGAAUUCUCUUGUGUAUAGAAGGCUGAUGGAUGGUUUAAUCUUAUUGUUCAAGAUGAUUAAAGGAGUUGGAUAAGUAAAGGGAAAUUAUUUUGCUUAGUGGGGAAUUCUGAAUGAGAGGGCAGAAAUCUUAAUAAUAGUGGUAGAUCAUUGAUUGCGUUCACAAUACUAAGUCACAAAGGGGAGGUGGAAACCUGAAACGUUUGUCAAACAGCAAUUAAGAUCAAAUUUAUUGGGAAUUUCAAAAGUAAAAUUGAUAAAUGUUUUAAACAAUUUUAGCAAAAGUGAAAGGUUUAUGGUACCAAAAUGGCUGGAUACAGUUAAGGUAGAAAUUGCCCAUGGUUUAUGGUAAUUAAAUGACGCAACAGGAUUGAGAGGCUAUACAGCCUACUUUGUUCCAAUUGUGGAAGUGGAGCUUCAACAAUGUAGGAACUUAUACUUAAUUACACUUCUAUGAAGCAUUCUAGGAUAAUGUUGUGGGAAUACUUUCAGCAUUGUGACUUCUAUCUACUGCCUUUAGCAGCUUAACAUAAAACUAUUAAUGUAUCUAUUUAAGUUUUGAAAAGCCUUUGGUUGAAAAUGACAGUUCCACAUCAGUGUCAUCAGUAAGAUUGGCAAACUGCAUUGGGUUGUGUUUCUUGUUAUGUAUAAACCUAUUAACCUUGGGUGCAAAGUGUUAAACCCACCCAAAAAUCAUGUGAAAUUAUUGUUAUCUUCCUGUUGCAAGUCCAAAUGAUGAAUACCUUCUGACUUACCAUUACUUGCAUAACAGUCCAAAGAUCUCGGUCAAGUGUGAUAACACUUAGAAUGAAAAGUAGUUCCAGUCUAAUUGCUACUCAGGUCUGACACAAACCCAUUAACAGUUUCACCAGCUCAGUGCAAGAAAGCAAUUCCCUGGCAGAUGCUCUAUUGCUUUUGUUUUAACAAUGAUCUACUGAAAUGAAAAAAUGGAUCAGGUAUAAAAGAGAGCUUUAAAUUGCAAGCUUGUCUCUGUUUUUAAUCUGUCACUUGAUCGGUCUAUCUCAAGCUUCCUACAAUGUCAAUACUUCUUUGUUUAAAGUGAUAUAGCCUUUGUCCAUCCUUUGGGUUAAUAAUGGAGCAUAGUCUGGAGUUCAGCAUGGCAGUUAGUAUCUGCAUCAGAACAGCCUAAUUUGAUUUUACCAGUACAAAAAUGUAUCCUCCAAGCUUAAAGCUGAGAACCAUGUUAAAAAUCUCUGAAAUAUAACUCAUUUCCAGGUGAUAAUUUUUUCCUUUGGUUUGCCAGAAUGUUUAACCCUGCUGAGUGCUGUUAAGUGCUAACCACUUUGUACCACUUGCCAAACUCAAAAAUCAAACUAAUCUUAAUGGUCAUUAAAUGAUCUUGCCAACACCAACCCCUGACCGUUUGUUUUAACCUGGCUACAAUGUACAAUUAUGACAGAUAAAACUGCACCUCUCUGUUUAAACAUCAAUACUGUCAACAGCUGCCAUUCCAAUGCUAUUACUUAUUCAAAGUUGUUACCACUGUUCAAUUAUAAUCACAAGAUAAGUAAAUGAAAUGUCUGACAUGACAGAUGGAGAAUUUCUCCAAAUCAGAUGUGUUUAUCUAUGAAAUAAGUGGAGGUUAAUGUGCCAGUUCUUCCUUAAGUGUGUAAGACCUGUAAUUUACAAUCACCACAGGUGUGAGUGACUUCAGAUCUUUAUUCUGCAUGAAAGAAUGCUGUUAUGUAUGAUCAUUGGUAUGGCAUUUUUGAUACACUUUUUAAAGACGUUUUGCAAUGCAACACGUAAAAGAUAUUAUUAAAGGAUAAUUCACUGCAAUUGUUACUUUAAAAAUAAUUGUGCUUAAAUUUUAAAUGUUAAAAGUAUUUGCUAAGAAUGUGCGGCAGAUGGGAAUGUGGAUUGAGACCAAUUUAAAAAAUAUAUCAUUUCAAACUUUUAAUAGAGAUUAGAAUGCUGAGACCUUCUUUGUUACUGUCCUGAAUUUGAAUCUAAUUCUUGAAAUGAUGUGGUUCUCAGUCCUUGUUUCACUUUUCACAGCAGUGAAGCAUCACAUCUAUUCACAGUGAAAAUGUACCAUUAUCAUUUGAGAAUUGUACAAUAUAUAUCAACUGCAAUGUUAGUUUUAUAAGUCUUCUGAUACUCAUGGUGUAUCCUAAUUUGUCUGUUUAUUACAUAUCCGGUGCAUAAUGUUUUUUAGCUUGCUUAACAGUAAAUAAAAAUAU